AGGGUCAAACAGGAUACUUCUGUGGACUGAUUUGACCUUCUGGAUUUGGGCUACUAAUUUUCCACUUAGGCUAUUUGUUGACAGGGAUGCUAUCCCAUCCCUUACUGUAUAACUUAGGCAAAUCAGUUUUAUCUCCCUCAAGUUCAAUGAGCUCAUCUGUAAAAUGGACCCCCCCACACUUGCGCGGAUCAAAGGUAAGGUGUAUAAAACGCUUUAGUGUGAUGCGCAUAGGAAGCGUACCACACAGUAAGUGGUAGCGGUAGCUAGGGUGGCUGUUGAUUUGGGAAGUACGUAUUCAAGGGGCAAGACACCCCAGAGACAAGGAGGUUGGGAAGGCAAAGCCGGGAAAGAAGGAAAAAAUGGGAGAGGAAAAAAGAGGGAAGGGAAGAGGUGAGCAGGCAACAGGGUCCGCCCUCCAGGCGGGGCGCCAGCGAGAGGCCCAGGCUGGGGCGGGAGCGCACGUGGCCUAUUUUGGGCGGAGCAGACGCGCCUGGCCGCAGCGGAGACCUCAGAGGCGGCCACAGGAGACGAACCUUGAAGGACACCAAGAUGCCUGGUGAACAGCAGACAGAGGAGGAGGAAGAGGAAGAGAUGCAAGAGGAGAUGGUGCUGUUGGUGAAGGGUGAGGAAGAUGAGGGUGAGGAGAAGUAUGAAGUGGUGAAACUCAAGAUCCCCAUGGACAACAAAGAGGUCCAGAAGGAGGCGCCCGCGCCGUCUGCCGACCCGGCGCGCCCGCACGCGUGCCCGGACUGCGGCCGCGCCUUCGCGCGCCGCUCCACGCUGGCCAAGCACGCACGCACGCACACGGGCGAGCGGCCCUUCGCGUGCACCGAGUGCGGUCGGCGCUUCUCGCAGAAGUCGGCGCUGACCAAACACGGCCGCACGCACACGGGCGAGCGGCCCUACGAGUGUCCCGAGUGCGACAAGCGCUUCUCGGCCGCCUCGAACCUGCGGCAGCACCGGCGGCGCCACACGGGCGAGAAGCCGUACGCAUGCGCGCACUGCGGCCGCCGCUUCGCGCAGAGCUCCAACUACGCACAGCACCUGCGCGUGCACACGGGCGAGAAGCCGUACGCGUGCCCGGACUGCGGACGCGCCUUCGGCGGCAGCUCGUGCCUGGCGCGCCACCGACGCACGCACACGGGCGAGAGGCCGUACGCAUGCGCCGACUGCGGCACGCGCUUCGCGCAGAGUUCGGCGCUGGCCAAGCACCGACGCGUGCACACGGGGGAGAAGCCGCACCGCUGCGCCGUGUGCGGCCGCCGCUUCGGCCACCGCUCCAACCUGGCGGAGCAUGCGCGCACGCACACGGGCGAGCGGCCCUACCCGUGCUCCGAGUGCGGCCGGCGCUUCCGCCUCAGUUCGCAUUUCAUCCGCCACCGUCGCGCGCACAUGCGGCGCCGUCUCUAUAUCUGCGCCGGCUGCGGCCGGGACUUCAAGCUACCGCCUGGCUCCACGGCCACCACUGCCACCGAGCGCUGCCCAGACUGCGAGGGCAGCUGAGCCGCCGUUCUUGUCGCCGCGGGGCCACAAGCGUCCGGCUGGGGUGGGGGAUUGGCGUGCACGCUGGGACCCCCAUCUGGGCCUGCGUUAACCUGGCCCUCCUGGCCCUCCAUCCCCGCCUGGGAAAGGGUGGGAUGGCAGGCCUGGCUGCCUUGGAACUAGGAGGCAGGGAGAAUCCCCUAACUGGGAACCCUGGAAACAGUACCCACUCCCUGCUCACUACAAUCCCUUGACCCGUGUUAGUGAAUAAAGUAUUAUAUCUUCGCCCCACCCGUGCCUGUGAAUAAGGUGGGGGGAAAGGUGGCGUUUUACCCAGG